CCAACAGCUCAGCUGGGGAUGUCCUAUAAAACUGGUUCCUGCCUCUGGCUCCUCAUCCACUCUGGUUCUUCAGCAGAGAGUUCCUGUCUGAUUCUGUGAUCAGGGUUUACUAAACUCCCACAGAGAUGUCCUGCCAGCAAAGCCAGCAACAGUGCCAGGCCCCGAAGUGCCCACCCAAGUGUCCUCCCAAGUGUCAGACACCUAAGUGUCCACCCAAGUGUCCUCCCAAGUGCCCACCCAAGUGUCCACCCAAGUGCCCUCCCCAGGCUCCAUGCCCUCCUCCUUCUUGCUGUGGUUCUAGCUCAGGAGGAUGCUGUAGCUCUGGGGGAUGCUGUGGGAGCUCUGGAGGAUGCUGCAGCUCUGGCUCUGGAGGAGGCUGCUGCCUCUUCUCCCACCACCAUAGAAGAUCCCACAGGCACAGACGCCCAAAGUCUGACUGCUGUGACAGUGGCAGUGGGCGCAGCCAGCAGUCUGGAGGCUGCUGUGGGAGCUCUGGAGGCUGCUGUGGGAGCUCUGGAGGCUGCUGUGGUGGUUCUGGGGACUGCUGCUGAUCUGGUGCCCCUGCCCAUGAAAAGAGACAAACCAUUGGUUCUGCACCCUUUUCUUUUUAAUCCUUAGGUUAUACCCUCUUCCCAUGGAUUUGAACUGUUUAAGUGUUCGUGGGGGGUGGAGAGAAGCAAGACCUAUUAUUUCAUUUUUCUCAAACCCCCAGGAUCCAAACCAUCUUCAUUCAAACUUUCUCAUUCACCCCAAAUAAAAAUAAAGAUUUUGUUCUUGUCUCAUCUACCUCCUAUUUUCCAUUAUUUUCCU